UUUGAAACACCUCCAGAUGACUCAGGUCUCUUCCGUGUUUAUCCUACCCGUCCGACGUUAUUGCCCUGCAAUAACACACUCAAGAGGGUCACUGACACACCGACACUCGCUGGGGGCGAUCGGACUACCAGUCGCAUCACCGAAGGGUUAUUGUCAAAUGAGAUCAGCAAUGAUGAUUUAUAUUUGGCAUUCUCUAACCCUACUGCCAGCCUUUUAAUGGCCUAUCAAUAUUCUGGAACCAGUCAGCAAUCUGUUGCUGAGUUGCAAUGA